GAGCUCCCGCCUCCGCCCGCGCCUUCUUCCCUUCCCGCCCUGCCGCGUCGACGCCCUUCAGUCUUCCCUCAGAGCCGCGUCUCCCUGUCCCGUUACAGCUGAGGUAACCGCUACCACAGCCAUGUACCGUUGCUUGGGGGAGCUCCUGGCACCCGUUCGCGCGGCCGGCGCCGGCUCGACGGCGCUGUCCGGCGCGGAGCCUUGCGCGGCGGGCCUGCUGGCGGCGAGCGGUCCGGGCGGCGGCGGUGGCAGCAGCAGCAGCCGCCGCCGCUACAGCCAGGCGGUGGAGCGGGAGGACGACCCCAACUUCUUCAAGAUGGUGGAGGGCUUCUUCGACCGCGGCGCUGGCAUCGUGGAGGACAAGCUGGUGGAGGGGCUGCGCACCCGCGAGAGCCCCGAGGAGAAGCGGCACCGCGUCCGCGGCAUCCUGCGCAUCAUCAAGCCCUGCAACCACGUGCUCAGCGUCUCCUUCCCCAUCAAGCGCGACAACGGCGAGUGGGAAGUGAUCGAGGGCUACCGGGCGCAGCACAGCCAGCACCGCACCCCCUGCAAGGGAGGUAUUCGCUACAGCACAGAAGUGAGUGUUGAUGAAGUGAAAGCUUUGGCCUCUCUAAUGACAUACAAAUGUGCAGUGGUUGAUGUGCCAUUUGGUGGGGCAAAGGCUGGUGUUAAGAUCAAUCCUAGGCAUUAUACAGAUAAUGAAUUGGAAAAAAUCACAAGACGUUUUACCAUUGAACUAGCAAAGAAGGGCUUUAUUGGACCCGGGGUUGAUGUGCCUGCCCCUGACAUGAGCACUGGUGAAAGGGAGAUGUCCUGGAUUGCAGACACCUAUGCCAACACCAUAGGACACUAUGAUAUUAAUGCUCAUGCAUGUGUCACGGGAAAGCCAAUCAGCCAAGGUGGUAUCCAUGGCCGUAUAUCUGCCACAGGCCGUGGUGUCUUCCAUGGAAUUGAGAACUUCAUUAAUGAAGCAUCGUAUAUGAGCCUCUUGGGAAUGACUCCAGGAUUUGGGGAUAAGACAUUUGCUAUCCAGGGAUUUGGCAAUGUAGGUUUGCACUCCAUGAGGUACCUUCAUCGAUACGGUGCGAAGUGUGUUGCCAUUGGAGAAAAGGAUGGUGCUAUCUGGAAUCCUGAUGGACUUGACCCUAAGGAGUUGGAAGAUUACAAAUUGCAACAUGGAUCAAUUCUCACCUACCCAAAGGCACAACCCCUGGACUGCCACAUCCUGGAAGCAGAUUGUGACAUCCUUAUCCCAGCUGCCAGUGAAAAACAGCUAACAAAGGCCAAUGCCCAUAAAGUCAAAGCAAAAAUAAUUGCUGAAGGUGCUAAUGGACCCACAACUCCUGAAGCAGAUAAAAUUUUCUUGGAACGGAAUAUCAUGGUUAUUCCGGAUCUUUAUUUGAAUGCUGGUGGUGUGACUGUGUCUUAUUUUGAGUGGUUGAAGAACCUGAACCAUGUCAGCUAUGGCCGAUUGACCUUUAAAUAUGAAAGGGACUCGAACUACCACUUGCUAAUGUCUGUCCAGGAGAGCUUGGAAAGAAAGUUUGGGAAACAUGGUGGAAGUAUUCCAGUUGUGCCUACUGCAGAAUUCCAAGACAGGAUAUCUGGUGCAUCUGAAAAAGACAUUGUUCAUUCUGGCUUGGCCUACACCAUGGAGCGUUCUGCUAGGCAAAUUAUGCGUACUGCCAUGAAGUACAAUCUGGGUCUAGACCUGAGAACUGCUGCCUACGUCAAUGCAAUUGAGAAGGUCUUCAAGGUGUACAAUGAAGCUGGUCUGACCUUCACAUAAAUGGAUAGUCCGUCUUUGCCUGGCACCCUGCUGUGUACCCUCUUCAGAAAGCUUAUUGCAAGUUUACAGAUAUGAUAUAACCACAGAAAUCCCUCUUUUCUCACUUAACUAUAGUGGAUAUGAUUCUCAGUUACUUUCCAUUCGGGUUAGUCCUCUUUUAUAAUGAAAGACAACAAUUCCAUGGAUUUAGGGAUUCAUGCCAGGAGAGAACAUCUGCACUUGUGGGGGUUCUGGGGGUUUUCUGAAAUUUAAAAGGUACCUUUUUAUUGUAUGAACCUGUGGUCUUGCCACAAUAAGCAACCUAGCUAGCUAAGCUCCAGGUUGCACAUUGUGUACUAUUGGAGUACUUGGCUUACAAUCCAUGCACUUUGGUUUCAAACAAUGUAUCUCUCUUAGGGUUGGCACUUUGAGUAAAGGCCUUGGAUGAUCAAUGCAGUGGCAUUAUCAAAGACAGAAUGGGCCUCCUGCAGGGAAUAACUUUGAUAGGAUUCUCAUUUUUACACUUAGCAGAGCUAUAGGCCUGGUUCUCUUUAGGCAAUGUAUGUGUUUCUUUAUAAUCUGUGCUCCUGCUACAAGGCUGACUCUAAAUCAUGUCCUCAUCCUGAACUUGACUCAAGCACUACAGUGUGCAACUAGAACGAUGAGUUCCAGGAGUUAGUAUUUUUAUAAGCUGAAGCAGUAUCAUCGUUGUACAGACAUCCAGUGGAAUUACCUUUUGUGUUUAAUCUCAUCUCUGCAUACUCAUUUUGCUUGUUCUUUUGUUUUUAAGAACGGUAUGUUCCUGAGCAUAAUCUUAAGUAGUCCAAAGAACUUGUGUAGCCUCUUGCUUCCCUCAGUGGUGAAUUAUUUUCUGGAAUGCUUUUAGCAUUAGCUUAUUGCCUCAAUGAACAAUUAAAGUAACAAUUGUUGCCAAUGAGGAGGCUGGCUGCUAUUGGGAACCUUAUGUAGGGUCUUAACACACUUUCAGAUCCCUUUGUUUGGAUGUUUUGCAUAUUCUGAACAUAAAGGAUUUAGCAAAGAGGCCAUCAAAACAGGAUUAGAUGGUACAGUUGAGGAUUUUUUUACAAGGUCCUUUGUCCAGAGGAGUCCUAUUAAGUGCCAGAUGUAUUUAUGUAACAAAUAUGAAUGUUUUUUAAAACAAACCCAGGCCCACCCAGGAACUCAUGCUUUUUUCUAGCUACUUUGUAACUCAUGACAUAACAUGGUAACAAAAGCAAUUAUUAAAAGCUGACCUUUCCAAACAUA